CUUCGAGAUUUCAGCCGCCCUAAAGUUCAACAUUUCUUCUGCAAUGCAAACUCAUCUACUCCUGGCAUCGCCGUAAUCACUGAAGCCCAACAUGGCAGACCCAUUGUCAAUCGCGGCUUCUAUCUGUGGGAUCGCAUCUCUUGCAAAGACGGUCGUAAGCAAAGGAUACAAGUACGUCAAGGCUGUCAAAGAUUAUCGUGAAGAUGUUAGCAGGCUCUUUCUUGAAGCCAACAUUCUCUGCGGCGUCUUGGAUCGACUAAGCAGGAUGCUUGAAGAAGGUGAGGAAGACGAAGAUGAGGAUCAGAUUACCAGCAGAAUUUCGGGGAUCCCGAAUUAUGUCCUAGUGUGUCAAAAGACUCUGAACGAGAUUCUUCGUGUUCUCAACGGCUUCGAGAGAAAAGCAGUGACUGCCAACCAAGGUGCGG